AUGAGCUCCCCCGAUGAGGUGUCUGUGUGGGGAACGGGUUUCGGCCCAGAGGGCGGGGAGCGGGCCGGCGUCGGCCCGGCCGGCCCCACAGUCCCAUGGGGACCCGACCCAGGCCCCGAGCCCGGGGAGCCGCGGAGCGGCGAGGGCGGGGGCGGCUUCCCGGACCCCGAGGGCUUCCAGUCGGAGCGGGAGAUGCUGGAAGCGGGAGGGCCGGUGCCGUGGGGCCCCGAAGGCCGACCUGGCUCCCCGGCUGACGACACGAGGGACCUCCUGGACGAGGAGUCUGCGGCGGCCAUCUUGCUGCAGCUGGCCGAGUGCGACGUGCUGGGCGUCCGCAGACACCCGUCCCCGGCGAGCUGCGCCGCCUUCGAAGUGUCCGCCGUGUGGGCCGGCCUCGAGGCGGGUCCCGGCGGUCGAGGAGCGCCCGACCAGAGCUGUGGGGAAGCGCCGCCAGCUCCGGCCCGCCCUCUCCACCUCGGUGGGCCCGAAGCGGGCCGGGCCUGGGCGAACCCUGAGAGAGGCCCUAAGCGUAGGUUGAACGUGGCUGCGGAUCGCCAGCGGCUCCCCGAGGAAGGCCUGGCCUGGCUGCUGUCCAACCCCGAGUCCUCAGAUGAGUUCAGUGAGACACAGCUGAUGACGGUGAGCACUUACCCCAGAGGAGGAGGCCAGGCCGAGCCCAGCACACCCGAGGAUCCCGGGGACACUCCCAGACACUCGAAUUUCCAAGUCAGGGAGAAUUUUCUUCACGUGCCAGGCUCUUCCCUGUCCUCGGCUCCGCGAGGACUCACUUCGGUUGUGGAAACGCAGGACGUGGGAGAGCAGGGCAUCUCUUCCCCUAAGAAAAUGCGGAGCGUGCUCUGGGGGAAGGGGGGCAGCAGGCCCAGCUACCCGGGAGCUGCUGCUGCUGCUGCUGCUGCAGGUGGCCUGCCGCGGGUCACUCCUAGGAAGAAGGGAGCCCAGGAGAAGAAAUCCCUCAGGGGAGCCUCCAAACUUGCCCUGGGGACAACCUUCCCUUCCGGGGGAGAGCGAAUCUCGGCAACUGCCCUGGAACCGGCCACCUUGCCCCCAAUCUCUGGUAUUCUGCUGCUUGGGAGAUCCAAGAGGUAUACCUUGGUCCCUUUGGGAACCGAACAGUCCAAGCACACCGGCGCU